CAAGCCAGCUCUAUCUAAAUAUACACCAGGAGAAUAACACGUGGAUAAGCAAGAGUUUUUCUAAUCGUGAAUUCCCUCUAGUCAGCAAUUAACCCCUCUUCUGUCUCUCUGUCUAUCCCCUUGAGCUUCUCCAAAAGCAGUUAUGGCAUCACCCAACUCAUUAAAAAUUCUUGAGGUCUGUCAAGUUUCACCGGCCUCCCACUUACCUCACUCAGCCUCUGAGUUCUCUCUUCCCGCCACCUUUUUCGACUUAUUUUGGUUAAAAUUCCCACCGGUUGAACGUCUAUUUUUCUACCAUCUCACACAAUCAACCCCUGACUUCUUCAAUUCUGUUAUCUUACCAAAACUCAAACACUCCCUUUCUCUCACUCUCCUCCACUUCUUCCCCAUCGCCGGCCGCCUUACCUGGCCCCUAAACUCUCCUAAACCCGUCAUUCUUUACUGUCCAAACGAUGGACUUCCGCUCACCGUCGCCGAAUCUGACGCUGAUUUUGAUCAUCUGUCAAGUACUAGUGAGAUGAUUGAAGCUAUUGAGUCUCAUCCUUAUGUACCCGAGUUGCCAAUAUCUGAAACUUCAUCAUCAAUACUUGCGCUGCAAAUCACUUUGUUUCCAAGUAAAGGGUUUGCCAUCGGCUGCUCCAGUAACCAUGCAAUUCUUGAUGGUAAAAGCUCAACCAUGUUUAUUAAAGCUUGGGCAUAUAUAUGUAAACACGAUAAUACUUCUCUAUUGCCUGAAUUAGCUCCAUCUUAUGAUCGAAAUAGUAUUAAAGAUGCAUCAGAGCUUGAAACAGUGGUCUUAAGUCAAUGGGCAGAAUUGACUGAGCAAGAAUGGAAGAAAAAUCCUCGAAGCUUGAAGGUUUUGCCAACGGUCAUAGUAGCCGCCGACCAGGUCCGGUCCACAUUCCAGUUAACCCCUGAAGUUAUAAACAAACUCAAAAACAAGGUGUUAUCUAAAUUGAGAAACCACUCAGUUUCACUGUCUGCUUUUGUGCUUAUAUGUGCUUAUGUAUCGGUUUGCAUGGUGAAAGCAAGAGGAGGAGAUGAAAAUAGAAAGGUUUGCUUUGUUUUUGCUGUGGAUUGCAGGAGCCGAAUAGAUCCUCCACUCCCUAUGAAUUACUUCGGCAAUGGUGUUUUUUCUCACCAAUUCAGUACAGAAGCAAGAGAAUUUAUGGAGGACAGUGGGGUGUCUAGUAUAGCGGAGAGGAUAAGUGGUAUAAUAAAAGGGUUGGAGAAGGAUGCUCUUGCAGGUAUAGAGGACAUUCUGUUAAAUAUCAAGACUGCUUUAGGAGGAGCGCAACUGAUCAGUUUGGCAGGAUCCACCAGGUUCGGAGUCUACGGGUGUGAUUUCGGAUGGGGAAAACCAAAGAAGGUGGAGAUAACUUCCAUUGACAGAACUGGAGCUAUUGCUUUGACUGAGUGCAGGGAUGGAAAUGGAGGAGUUGAGAUUGGUUUGGCCUUGCCCAGACAUGAAAUGGAAGCUUUUUCUCGUAUGCUCUUCAAUGGCCUGAAUGAUCUUUAAGGCUUCAAUGCCCUGCUUACUUACUAAUAAAUUUGACAUUUAUAUAUAUAGAUUCCUCUAAGGAUGUGAAGGCAAGAUAAACAUUCUCUUUUUAAUGUUUAAAUGCACGAGAGGAAUUUAGUCAAUAAAUCUUUUAGUUUUUUUCUUAAUUAAAUUAAAUGUUACUCAGAGCACCCUGUUUAUGGAGAAAAUUUAAAAUGAGUUACUAUC